AACAUCGUGCUCAACAUCGCCGCCAACCUGGUGGCCUUCGUGUCGCUGCGGUACCUCAUCAACAGCGUGGUGGGCUGGCUGGGGGAGCUCGUCGGCAUCCCGGACUUCUCUAUCGAGAUGGUGCUGGGCGUGCUGUUCAUGCCCGUCGUGUGGUUGAUGGGCGUGGCGCCGGAGGACUGCAAAGACGUCGCCACCUUGGUGGGCCUCAAGACGUUCGUCAACGAGUUCGUCGCCUUCGAGAGGAUGAGUCAAUUGAAAGAAAACGACCAACUUUCGCCACGCUCCCUGGCCCUGAGCACCCUGGUGCUGUGCGGCUUCGCCAACUUCGGCUCCCUGGCCAUCCUCAUGAGCGUGCUGUCGGCCAUCGCCCCCUCGGCCAGGUCCAAGGUGUCCGACGUGGCCCUGCGGUCGCUCGCCGCCGGCAUCGUGACCUGCUGCAUCACUGCCAGCAUGGCGGGUGAGCUACUCAUCCCCAUAAUAACAUGA